ACCACACACAAAUCCCUUUUCUUUACAAUUUUUUGUUGUUGCGAUAUGUGACUGAAUGACCCCGCGGACACCCUGCACAUUACACCACCAGUGCUCGAGUCUUGGAUCCUUUGGCUUUGCCUAGUCGUAGCUUUUGUUUGUCCCACUUGUACUCCCUGAUCACCUGUGGAGAAAACUUUGCUGGCCUGUAGCUGUAGUUCAGUGGCUAACGCGGUCUCAGAGAGUAGCAUGGAGGGAGGGCGUCGCUUUUUGCUUCCGCCACUGUUGCACAACUUUCUGGAGCCGGUCGUCGCAACGCUCUGAUGCAACCAUGCUAGGGUUUUCACGCCGCAAUCCUUACGAGGACUUGCCAUUCCCCGAAUUUGGCGUGAUAUGGCUUGGCUUUCGCUGGCUACUGAGACUUACAUGGACAAGAUGGAGUGCACGGUCGGAGAAUGCAAGUGGCUUCUCGUCAAAGCAGCACCGCAGCUUACGCGCAGCUCGCCGCCGCAAGGUUGAGAUGCACCGCAACAACACGCUGGUCACGUCGGAAGAGGACUGCAGCGAUCGGCCGGCCUCAUCGGGCUUCAAGCAGUGGGCCGCCUCGCAGGACAAGAAGAAGGAGUCUCACCUUGCCAGCAGCCAGGAAAGGAGUGGAGUGUGUAAUGGCACGAGCAGUGCUGAUGGAAAGAAGGUUACAUUUGUGGUAGAGGAGCCGGAACUGCUGGCGCCUGUACUGGCUGUGAGUGGCGAUCAAGAAGAGGAGGAUGGUUGGGAUAGCGAUGACGAAGGCGGUGACUUUGAUGAAGAUCAGAAUGAUGGCUCAUGGCUGACAGAUGAAUACCUGGAUGGUAGCACUCAUCUUGGACGUGGCGAGUAUGGUGCCUACUGCCAGUAUUCUCAUGAAGAGUGGGCAGAGGAAGUCAAAGCCAAGUGGGAGAGAGUCAAUCGAAUGGUUGGCGAUGAUCUGCUUCGCUUUUUGGAUAGUGCAGUGCGUAACUCCCCGUACCCGCUCAGUACCGUACUCAUCAUAGUGCGCAGUAGCCACCGCUCGCGUGCCAACGGUCCGCACUGUCUGGCACGCCAUGCUCUGGAGGUCUACACGGGGAUAUGGUUGAACAGCACCACUACCGGCAUACGCCGUCAGCCCGAGCCCAUCACAGCCGCUCUCACCUGGGAGGCGCUGGAAUUGGCGGCGAAAGUCACAAGUCCAUUGGUUCUCAAGUUGCUUGUUCACGUGUUCAAACUGAAAACUGCCGACGUGGCUCCGUCAUUCAUCGAAACUCUAGUCGGUGACAAAAAGUUCCGGGAUGCAGCAACGCUAGCAGAAGAGUUGGACAUUCAGGAUCGCUUAUGUCUGGAAGAGAUCGUUACCCCACUCUUUGUUGGUGGACAGGGCAAUGUUGCUGAAAAGUUUAUUGGUGAUAAUCGGUCUCGGCAAAAGAAAGCAGUUAUCGAUCUUGAUCGGCUACUGAAUCCUCACAAAGACCUCACAGUAAAGUGCAAUGAGAUGGGUCUGAAGAAGGCUCAGCUGCAGGAAAAGGCCAUCGAGAAGCUUGUUGAGCGAUUAGUCAAACUUUACAAGUUGAAUCCAGUUGACUGUCACAAUUUUGUGGAUCGGAGAAACCUGAGCAGUGUGCGCAACCUGCUCUACCGGAAGUACACCACACAAGCGCAAGGAAACUGGGAAGAUCUUCUAGAGGCAUCGGUCCGGGGCAACCUCUGGCUGCAAGUCUGUCUGAUUGAAGCCUUGGCGCUGGAGUAUCGGGAUUCUGCAGCGGCCCUGCACUGGGCCAAGCGGUUUGCAGUUCCGCCCGAAGCUCUUCCGGUAGCCGUGUUGAACCGUGUCGCGGCGUUGCGUGACGUGCAGUACUUCGAACCACCUAAUGAAGAUGCUGGGUUUACCGAGCUGGCUCUCGAUGCAAUGGCCAGUGGCUGUAGUGAGUACCACCAGCUUGAUCUGCCCGAUGAGCGGAUUACCAUGGUUGAUGAUGACAGGUCAUUAGCUCAAUGUAUGAAGGACGUCUUGAAGCAUGGCAGCAUUGUUGGUAUGGACUCAGAAUGGAGACCGACGCUGUGCACAGGUGGUCAUGCACGCAUUGGCCUUCUUCAGAUGGCAACAUCUCAGCACGUGUACUUGCUGGAUAUGAUCGCUCUGCCAAAGCUGGCCGAUCCGAAGUUGCUGCUCCAGCUCUUUUCGGGCCUGUUCACGUCCAGGAGCGUGGUGGUGUUAGGCUAUGCAUUUGAUGGUGAUCUCGAGAUGCUGAUGAACAGUAUACCGGGUGUACGGGAAGCUAUACUGCCGCUGAGGAGAGUAGUGGAUGUGCGAACAUUAUCAGAACAGAUCGAUGUUGCAGAAGGAAAGCUGCGGAUCAAUCGGAAGCAACCCCUUGAACAGAAUGGCGCCAGUUCCAACUCUCAUCAAGAUGAAGGUGCACAGCAAGGCCCUGUCUAUAAACACUAUACUUCGGGUACUGGAUUGUCGGGCUUGAUAGAAGUGUGCUUUGGUAACCCUCUGGACAAGAGCCAGCAGAUGUCUGACUGGGAGCGGCGACCACUUCGUCCUCAGCAGCGAACCUAUGCAGCUCUGGAUGCGUACUGCUUGGUGCAAGCGUUUGAUGUUCUAACUCAGCGUGCAAACGAGCUUGGCUUGGACCCAGAGCCAUGUAUGAAGCUUAGAAACUGGGAAUUUGCUCGGCGAGCUGCAAGACUCAAGCAUCAGCAAUUCACCAUCUCCGAAGAUACGGAGGCCCUUGGUGCGCUGAUUCGUCCGUUUCAGCUGAGCCUGGUUGCUGAUAAUGGCAUGCUAGUUCUUGGUCGUCACCUGCGCUGCUGUGGCGUCAACAUCUCCCUGCUACCGCCUCGCACCAAGCAAAGGAAAAUCGUUGAGGUUGCUCAUGCAGAAAAGAGAAUAAUCCUUACAUCUGGCAUGCCAUACAUGAAGUUUCGUCAAGAAGUAGCGUAUGGCCGUGUGUUUGCUGUACCGUCGGGACAAAUUCGGGAUCAGGUUCUGGAGGUGCUGCAGCAUUUCAACGUCAAUGUUCAGCCGGAUGACCUCUUUAGCCGCUGCCAGAACUGCAACUGCACAGAGUACCAGCGAAUACGCUCCGACGACAUGCAACGGAUACGCCAGCAAGUAGCCCAGGCUGCAUCAUCAGCUACCGUGCCGACACAUGUCAACGGUAGUCAUGGUGAUGGUAGCAAUGGCGCUGCAGACACGACAAUCGAGAAUGGCACUUCUACACAAUCACCAUCACCGCAGAACGGUCACUGUAACGGCGGGCAUGUGAAUGGUGCAAGUGCCUCACACACAUCAUCACUUCAAAAUGGUCACCAUAGCAAUGGAGAUGUGGCAAACGGUCACCAUUGCAAUGGUCACGUGACAAACGGCCAUCAUUCUAUGCAGCAGGGUGGUAAGCAAAAAUCAGCGCCUGUGUCGCCAUCGGAUGUUCCGUUUGUGUCACUGGAUAAAGGAGUAGUUGUCUCUCCAAACGGAGAGGUGUUGCUCACAGCUACAAGCACUGCACUGCACCUGGACUCGUUACGUGCAGCCACUCUCGCCGAAAUAGAUACAUUUGUCUGCUGCUGCGGCUGUGGCCUGGUCUUCUGGGAGGGCCUGAAUAGCGUGGACCUUCGCAAGAAGUUCCAGUACGUCCUGGACUUGUCUGGGCAGGAUGCUAACAACUAGCUAGCUGUUGGGGUAUGUAGGUGAGUGAAGAAUGGAUUUGUGUUUCAACUUCUACCAACACCGGGUAUGAAUGGAUUCGUGUUUCAACUGCUACCAACAUAGGGUAGUAGCGGUAGUAGCUGUGCCCUGAUUUCUACGCCCCAAUGACUGCGUACGGUGGGCUGUAGGCACUAACACAACCUAUUCUCCUAUUCACAGCUGUUGCGUUUUUACUAUCCAUUCAGCCGAAAAGCAAAUAAUGUUGCACGACAAUACACAUGACAUAAUUAGGUAGUCUCGUUCUCAACUGGGAGAGAUACCCGUGAUACCGGUGUAGAUAUCGUCAAUUAUCUUGUCAUACCAACUGUUUACUCGACAAUAAAUAUUUUAUCGAACCAACCAUGUAGACCGACUCGGCUCAGGUUAGAUCCGCGUGCUUGGAUGUUCUCCUUCCCGCUCAUUGAAUGAAUCCCUCCUUCUUUCCUUCCGAACUGCCACACUAAUGGCUAUUCUAUAAUGCUAUGUUUUGCCUUGAGGUUUUCACCCCCAUUGAGCCGAGUGUAUACUACGAUCUGUCAUUUUCACGAAACACACACAUCGCUUAUUCGGACAGCUUGUCUGGUGCCUUUUCUCCUUUUUAUGCUUGAUCUUUUUUUAGGAUUUGCAUUUUACCUUCUCUGCUUUUAAUGAACUCUGGCAUUAUUGCAAAAUAGACUGUUCACUUUUUGUUUGUGGAAGCUGAAAUAUAUUCGUGUGCAGUA